AUGAAUAAAAUUAAAAAAUUCUUUGGUUUUGAACAGAAUAAUAUUCCUACAAUGAUGAUACUGAUGACGAUGAUUAUGAUUGCGAUUCUGAUAUUGAUACUUUCGCCAUUCAAUCACUGCGGGUAUGGGAAUAACAGUCAUUUGUUAAAAGAGAAUAUACAAAAAAGGCAGUCGAAAACAAUUAGCGAUUCAAAAUAUUACAAACGUGUAAUUGUAUUCACUCUGAUACUUGUCGUGAUUACUACGAUUAUUAUAUUAGUUGGUAGUUUCUUUGUUCAUUUCAAGUUGGAAAGAAAAGAUUCAAUCUUGUACGCAGGAAUUCUCGGCUUUUUAGCCAUUAUAGUUGUCUUCGUCCUUCUGUUUGUCGAUGCAACACAGUACAUACCUUUCGUUGGAUUUAUUUUCCUGUGUUUAUAUGCGAUAUUUUUAGCUCUGGUUUUAUACGUAAUGACGAAAAAUGUGAGUCCAAUACUCAUCGUGAUUGUGUGGAGUAUUUGCCUUCUCAUAUGUACGCUGGGAUUGUUUUUCGGUUAUAAAAUCAUGACAGACUUGACAAAAACUUUAGACGCUUAUUCUGGAUUCUUCCUGAUGGUGUUCUUUGCAGGAAUAAUUCUUGCUGGAAUUUAUUUCAUAAGAGAUGUAGAAUCUGAAGGAUACUUCAUCAUGGGAAUUGCAUUCCUCAUACUCCUGCUUUCAUUGACGGUUAUUAUUGGACAGAUAGUUUUCAAACGAGGUUAUCUGAACCUUCGUUACAAGUGGCCAAUGAGUGUGUUAUUAUUGAUCACACUAAUUGACAUCAUGUAUGCAAUGACAUUAUCAGAAUACCAAUUAUUGCGGAUAUUAAGAGGAGAAUUAUUACCUCCAAGGCGUCAUGAUGACAAGUAUAAAACAUGA